AUAUGUAUCCCACUGACAGUCACAUUGGUUUGCUUCUCUGCUAGCGGUCAAGCGGACCCUAUGUAAUAUGUCCAGCUUUUCCAGAUCAGCCCAGCAAUGGGCUACAUUCGCAAGAUCAUGGUUUCUGAUCGACGCAAGGAUGCAGCCUCCCGGAAAGAUUGCUACUAUGUGUGCAAUCAGGCUACAAGGGAAGCAUAAACCUAUAUAUCAUGCUACAAGUGAUUGUGGAGAUCACGUCGUGGUCAUGAAUACCAGGCACAUAGCACUGUCAGGGAACAAAUGGGAGCAGAAGAUUUUCUCAUCUCACACAGGGUAUCCUGGUGGAUUCAGACAAGUGACUGCAGCACAGCUCCACCAGAAAGAUCCUAAAGCUCUGGUGAAGCUGGCUGUGUACGGGAUGCUGCCCAAAAACCUGAAGCGGCGGACCAUGAUGCAGCGGCUGCACCUGUUCGCCGAGGACGACGUUCCGGAGGAGAUCCUGCAGAACCUGACGGAGGAGCUGGCCCAGCCCCGCGUCAUCCCGCGCACGCUCCGCGACUACAGCCAGGAGGAGCGCGACGCCUUCCCCAGACUCUGGACGCCGCCAGAGGACUUCAGGAUGAAGUAACACCUCAUUAGGAGACCGAGAUGCUCCAGAAAGCCCCGGCGUGACUCACGCUCCUCCCGUGAUGGGGCUUGGUCCAGGGCCCUGUCACUGUCAGCAAGGAUUCCCAUGACACAAACUACAACUCGGAGGCCAAGACCUGUCUAGGCUGAAGUGGAUCAUUUUCUUUUCUUAAAAAACUGUCUGUGUAUUUACUUGUGGAUUAUUGUUCAGGUGUCGCUGUAAUGUAAAAUAAACUCUCUUCAUUGUUUACCCUU